AUGGAGGGAAAGGAACAAUUAAUCUUUACCUUCUACUGUCCCAAGGUUCCCAAAGUCAAGGGGUACCGGAAAUACCAAAGGCCUACCCUUCCCACCAACCAACAUCCGAGUGCCUCGAUGCCACCCCAGAGGCUGCAGCAGCAUGUGGAUCAGACACACACCUACAUCCGAAUGUUCUGUGGCAGCCUCUGUGGCUUUAGCCUCCUAAUGCUGAUCUGCGUGUCCCCACUGAACUGGGUGCAGUUCCUGGUGAUCAACAAUGGCCUUGAGCUCUACGCAGGACUCUGGAUCUCAUGCAACCAUGAGCUGUGCUGGAACCACACACCCAAGCCACCCUAUUACCUCCAAUAUUCCAGGGCCCUCUUCCUCAUCUCUGUCCUCACCAUACUUGUUGCUCUUGGCUGGCUCUUCAGAUCUUGCCUCCCUAGAAGAGGAAGAAUGACUCCUAACUUGGAUCUGAAGGUAUCCAUGCUCAGCUUCAUCUCAGCCUCCUGCUUGCUCCUCUGCCUCAUCCUAUUUCUGGCACAGGUUCACUGGCAUUCUAGGGAUGCCAUGGAGUCAGCUCUCCUAUGGACCUAUCAUAUUAAUUGGGGGAGUGACUUCUUAUACAUGUUUGCUGGGAUUAUCUCCUUCCUCAACCACAUAACUUCCAGAUCUCCUCCCCUUGAUCAAAAUGUCACUGCAGUUCCCAUAGACAAGUCAAGGCUGGGGAUUGGUCCAGUGACUACAGUAUCGCCUGCUGAAGAUGCUGGGUCAGGGUCUCAGACAGAAUCUACAAGUGAGAAAGAGAAAAAACUAUCAAGAGGCCACAGCCUCCUCCAGUACACCGUCCGCUGGUGUCGGCCCAAACAGCGUCCGCAGCCGGAACCCAGCCGGCGAUUCCCGCCGCGCCGGAGCGCGCCGCACUCCCUGGGCCAGCCCGGGCCGUGGGGUCUCCCCGCACUCCAUGCAGGGGCGGCGGGGCGGGGCGCGACUACGUCAAGAGCAGUGACGCGACGACGCAGCGCGACGCGGUGA